CGCCUUAGCAAACUUGUGAGGCCAUUAUUAGUCAGCUUUUAUCCUUCGAGUUGAGCGCAAGCGAGCAGUUUGUGGGGCACGGCGAGAUAAUGAAUGCGCCGAUCUCGCUAUAUCUAAUCAAUCUCCCAAACAUAAUCAUCUACUAAGCACUGGAUUUAAAUAUCAAGAGAAGGCCUAACUUCUUGUAGAUCUCUCUGUCUUGUAUUCAUUUGACUUCCUGAGCUACACGCAGACAUACUCAUCACCGACCACGGAUUGCUUCGAACAACCCCGCCGAACACCACAUCCAGUUAUCAACUCCCGCGACCAGCCGCGAUAAGCCAACAGAAUCAGCCCGCCUCAAGAUAUGGAUAUCGAAAUAUCGCCGGCGACGAUCGAUGAGAUCCCAAAAAUCUUGGACCUCACUCAGAUAGCACGCGCAGACAUGUUCCCGCAUUUGGAUGAUCAAUGGCGCGCUAAGAAAGCCGAGGAAGAUCUCGCAACGUUCCAGGAGACUUUUUUCAACCACCCAGAUGGCGCAUUCAUAGUUGCGCGAUCAAACAACCAAAUCAUUGCGACUGUUGGAUACCAACACUUCGACUACCGAUUUCCUCAGCUCACUCUACUACCCGACGGCGUCGUUGAAGUUGUGAGACUCUACGUCGUUCCGGCUUGGCGCCGCGGCGGGUUAGCAUCCCGAUUGGUUUCGGCUUUGAAGAAGGCGGCGAGCGAGGCGGGCCUGAAACAAUUGUAUCUUCACACUCAUCCGUUUUUACCGGGAGCGAUCAAAUUUUGGGAAAGACAGGGUUUCGUCGUUCUGGAUGUUGACCGAGACGAUGCUGUGUGGCAAACGACACAUAUGAGCCAAAAUCUCAGCGGAUGAUCGCAAUCCUUAGUAGGCAAUGCGAACUGGCCAUUGUUGCUAGAGAAGAUUCUAGAUCAUUGAUGCGCUUGACCGGAGAUUCUGGUGGACACGCACCGCGGUGAUCGGAUACACUCCGAAAGAGUCAACAAUGUUUCGAUGGGCCUAGCUGAGCUGUCAAUGCUUCUUGGUAGCUCAACAUAGAGGACGGUGGGAGCUUAUUCCCUCAUGGUUUUGUCGUCUAUUACAUACAACAACCAAUAGCUCUGUCUAAUAUUAUCCAGCACAUGUUUUGGCCUCCUAGAGUAUUUCUACUGUUUCAUCGUCCA